ACAUUUUGAAACAUUUGUAAGUGGACAGGAGGAACUGUGCAGGCUUUUGUUGCACCUGCUCUUGAUUAGGCAAUGGCACUUUUUGGAUUCCGACUGAUCACGCCCUGACUCCCGUCGUCUCCCUUCCCUCCCCUCUUUUUGUCGGUCUCUCCAUCAACCCUCCUCACUCCUCCCACUAUUCUCCUUCUUUGUCUCUAAAAUUUUCUCCAGAGACCUCCAGUUUUUUGAACACCACACUGUUCUUACCUCCUGGCCUUUGGUUCAAGAAAGCGGCACAGAAGCCAUGUUUUCUCACAUACUCAUCUUGGCUGCUCUGGUCAAUCUGGCCCAAUUCCAGUAUUACGACUACGACUACCAGCCGGGGUCCUUGCAUGGGCCAUCAGGCCCCAACUGUAACCAAGAAUGUGAUUGUCCCAUCAGUUUUCCAAGUGCCAUGUAUUGUGACAGCCGCAAGCUGAAGUCCGUCCCUAUAGUUCCAACUGGGAUCAAAUAUCUGUAUCUCCAGCAGAACAUGAUUGAAGAAAUCAAGGCGGGAGUGUUUGAUAAUGUUACCGAUACGCUGCGCUGGCUGAUACUUGACAAAAACCAAAUUACGAAUGCCAAGAUAGAAAAGGGCACAAUUGACAAACUCACAGCUCUGGAGAAGCUGUACUUUAGCAACAACAACAUCACAGAGCCAGUCAUCCCUCCUUCAAAGGCCCUGGAAGAGAUACAGAUGAUGCACAACAAGCUGUCCAAGUUCCCCUCCGGACUCUUGUCUGACAAGGAGAACUUGACCUCCAUCAACCUUCAGCAGAACGAGUUGACCUCUGAAAGCAUUGGAGACGCAUUCAAGGGGCUGAAGAAGCUGCUGUCCCUGGAUGUGAGCCAUAACAAGCUGAAGAAGCUGCCAAUCGGACUCCCUAGUUCACUGGAAAUCCUCUAUGCUGAUUACAAUGACAUUGAUAAAGUUGGAGCGGGAUUCUUGAAAAAGCUGCCCUCCCUUCGGUACCUGAGGAUCUCCCACAACAAGCUGCAGGACUCCGGGAUCCCCUCUGGAGCAUUCAACGUGACUUCACUGCUGGAGCUUGAUCUCUCCUUCAACAAGCUGAAGUCUAUCCCUGAAGUCAACGAGCAGCUAGAGCAACUUUACCUACAGGCCAAUGAGAUCAACAAGUUUGACCUGGCAAGUUUCUGCAAGUUCACUGGACCCCUCAACUAUUCGCGCCUCAAGCACCUGCGUCUGGACGGCAAUAAYGUCACACACAGCAGCAUGCCCUCCGAAUCUGUCAACUGCCUGCGUCAAGCUUCGGACAUCAUGUUUGAAUAGAAAGGACCACGCUCUGAUCGACGAGUCCGCUUUCUGCUGCCGUGAAAAAAAGCAUGACCGCACACUUGUGACACAAGUAUAAUGUAUGUAAAAUUGUUCAUGUUGAUCGUGGAGAUUUGUUUUAAGAUGCAAUCGAUGGGGAUAUCCAGUCAACUGUUUUCAAAUUCUAUAUGUAACAUAUCCAGAAAUGUGUACAACAGAUAAAGCCAAACAAGCAUUUUUAUGGAAACAAAGAAAAUAUUGCAAUAGAUUUAAUUAAAAUGUUUUGGUUCUAUUGUUAAAACGUGCAUGCCUACACACUUCAAACAUUCCAAAUGGAUUUAAAUUUGCUCAAUACAGACACAACAGAGACAUGAUUUUUAUGGCUUUUUUUGUUUUUUAUUUUGUUAGUCAAAGUGUCAUUUUGUUGCAUGUUUCAGUAUGUUGCAUGUGUGUUGGCUUAGUUAUUAAAUAAUUGCUGUGCAAAAAGCCAACAGGGGGAGGACUGCAUACUUUAGUAAUGUGAGCAAAUGUAAAAGGAAAAAAAAGGCAGUGCAGAUAGUCGUACUUUCAACAUCUUGAAUGUAUCAAACUGGUUUUACAACAACGUGAGUUACCUGUGGUUUGAGUCCCAUGUCUGCCUGCUUUGCAUUUAAUCUUUAGCAUUAACUGCUUGAAGCCCAAUUGUCAUUUUUAUUAAUAACCAAACAAACCACAGACUAAAUAAAAAAAUGUUCAUGUAAACAAUUGUACCUAAAGUUCCAUAUGUAUACCUUAGAAUGUUACGAGAUAUUUGUUUGUGAUUUUCUGCUGUUAUUCUAGCACCCAAUGUCUCAGUUAAACUACCAGUAAAAGCUUUUGCAGUUUAGUGCCUUCAUUGUAACGCAGUUGUCAUGUUAACUGGUUUUAUUCAUAUUUGAUUAAUGCUUGUAGUUUUUAGUUUAUUUCUUUCCUUUGACUUGAAUUGCCUGUGAGACAACCAAAUAUGGCUGAAUGAAUUUUGUAUCAGAUUUGUAUAUCACUUUUUAAUCCUUCUAUAAGAAUUUCUGUUGCUUGUGAAAACUUAGUAUAAAAGAUAGAUAAAAAAAACAACUUGGUCUACCAAAACCUUGAAUGUUUUGUUUCUUUCUUGACUUCUUUGUUUAAAACUGCUAUUUGUAAAGCAUGCUUUAUAAAAAGUUUGAUUUGUGA